CACAUAUUUCAACGUCAACACACCGCAUCUCCAUUCAAAUUCUUUUUUCCUCUUCUCUUCUUUUUUUCAUGUCUAUUGAUUUAUCCCAGAAACUAUACGAUACCGAUACUACUGUUUAAUACUGAUUUAUAUUACUACUGCUACUCCUCCUCCUCCCAUCUAUCCAUCCUCGUAUCACACCAUACUUCCUGACUUCCAAUCUAGAUGUCAAGUUAACGCACAGCACGCACGACAAGCCACUUGACUUCUCUGGUCCCCAAAUCCGAUCAAGAACAGACUCGAAUCCAAUCCGAUCCAAUCAAUCCAUCCAGAUUCAUCAAUAUCAACAACUCUUUGACUACCAUAUAGUGUAGUGAUAGUACGGGAUUACCAGGUACAUACCUUACCUACCGUACAUAUCACACACACUAUCUCGAGACCAUACAUCGACUACCUACCUACCACCUCUCCAUACAUAAUCUCUUUUACUAGUUAAUUUACCUACCUAGUAUUCAAGGGUUUUUUCUUUUCUUUUAUCAUCACUUGUCUUGAGUUCGAUCAUCAUCCUUUGUUAUAUUCGAAUUCAAAUCAAAUUCAAAUCCAACAAAUCCAAAUUCUCAUUCUUUAUAACUUUGUUAUCGAUUGAUUUCAACCAAGAUACACCUCCAUCUCUCUCCCUCCUUCAAGAAGAAUAAAAGUCGAGGAUUAACUUCAUCCUCGUGCUUCACAUUCUCUCUCCAUGUAUUCCUCGCUCCCUAGUUCGUCCUGGAACCCAACCACUUCAAUAUCAUCACCCAUUGUACGAGAACGAAGUGCACCACAAACCGUCUCACCAAUCUCCCCACAACCAACUACAACCCCAACAUCUCCCACCACAUCAUCAUCAACCAGAGGUCGUCUACGAGGUUUAAGUUAUUUGCGAAGUUACACCCAAAAUCAUUUGUUAUCGAGGGAACACCACAAUCAAACUCCUUCCAAUACAAAUACAAAUUCCAAUUCGAAUUCAAAUACAAGUUCGAAUAGCAAUCAUCAAAAUUCACGACCCACACUCUCACACACCUCAAGUUACCCUUCACCUUCAUCCCCCACGUCAGCGAGCGCACCCUCUCACGCCUCUUCUGCAGCCUCGCCUGCAACUUCUGCAACUCCUACAACCGAAAUUCUUCCUCGACAAAUUUCACCCACUGCACGAAGAUCCACAAACCCCCCCGAAUUAACUUCUGCAGGUUCGAAUAAUCAAGAAAAUCUUGGAUCGACAAGUGGGUGGUUACCGACAGUGGGAGGUCACAGCGGAGUAUCAAGAAUUGCAACUCAGCCACAACCUACCGCGACUGCCUCCUCUUCAGCCGUCUUAUCGGCCAACGAUUCAUCUGCGAUAACCUCUGGUCUGGAGGCGUCGAUGGCAAGAACUAGAUCUGCAGGAACAGGAGGGGCAGCAGAUAUGCCUUUAUUAAAUGACUUGGGAGAGAACACUUCCCAAUCAACAAGAGAAACCAUGUCGCAUCAAUUACCAUCGAUUCGUUUCUCUCCGCAUCAAGAUCCUCGAGCCCAUCGUCCAUCUCUCGUAUUUGGUACCAUGAGUCGAACACUCCCGACAGGAAAGGAAAUUAUAAAAGUUGGUCGAUAUUCCGAAAGAGAUAAUCAACCCCCUCAUGCUACGAAUGUGCCAUCGUUUGCACCAGUUGGUUUCAAGUCAAAAGUGGUUAGCAGACGUCAUUGUGAAUUUUGGUGCACGGGAGGUCGUUGGUUUAUCAAGGAUGUGAAAAGUUCAUCGGGCACAUUUCUCAAUCAUAUACGAUUAAGUUCGCCUGGAACAGAAUCAAAACCAUUCCCAGUGAACGAUGGCGAUAUAGUUCAAUUAGGUAUAGAUUUCAAAGGUGGUGAGGAAAUGAUAUUUAGAUGCGUCAAAAUACGAGUGGAACUCAACAAAGGAUGGCAAACUGGUCCUAGCAGUUUCAAUGUACAAUCUCAUAAGCGCUUGCGCGAGCUCAACAACAAUCUCAAAAAACAAGCCUCAGGUGGUUCGAGUAGUUCCUCGCAAGAUUGCUCAAUUUGUCUGGGACCUAUAGCACCCUGCCAAUCUUUAUUCGUCGCACCAUGUUCUCAUACAUGGCAUUACAAAUGUAUACGAGUUGUUAUCAAUGGUCCUGCUUGGCCUCAUUUUAUAUGUCCAAAUUGUCGUACAGUCGCAGAUCUCGAGGCAGAGCUUGAUGAACCAGAUGGAGAUUGGGAGGAAUUGGCCACAUCUGAUGCGGAGGCUGAGGUGGAAGCAACAUCAGAAUCGGCAACAAAUACAAACAAUCCCGUUGGAACCGAGCCAACAACCCAGGAAACGGUUUUACCACGAACGAGUGACCCUAUAGCGGCACCAAUUUUACCAGAGCCGGAAACCUUUGAACCUUCGAAUAUGAAUCAUAUCGAAGAUGAUCUCGACACGAGUGAUGAUUCUAGUACAGGUGCUCACGCCCACGAAACUAGACUCGAAGAUAUAGCUUUUCUUAACGUCAGCGAUUCACAAGCCAGUUCGGCUUCAGCCACACCGGUUCCUCAAACCAACUUGAGUUCUACAGUAUCACCUGUCGACAUAAUCGCAAGAAAACCAGUCCCUAGUGCCGCCUCCACUUCUCGUUCUGAGCGCGGUUCACCAAGUCCAAAUGGGAUGCAUCCUACAUUGGCAGAUCCUCUCACGGGUGAAGGACCAAUGACACCUAGAAAUGACGUGGGGCCAUUCAUUUUCGAUGGUGGUGCAGGGAGAACAAAUACAAUCAGGCUAGCUACUGGAUCUAGCAAUCUAGAUUAUAAUGAAACCCCAACAACAGCUCACUCGACACCACAUUCUGCUCUUUAGAUUUAUUCUCAAAAGAGACAAUCAAUACGAAAUGAUUUGGCCAUGGCAAAAUAUCUGCAUUUUAGCGAAGAAGGAUUCUCUAUGGGCGACCAUAUGAUAUGUCUAAUGGUUUGAUUUAUCACUUUUGUACGGUUACGAUAAUGGAUAAUAAACGACAAAUAAUCUUGGUACAUAGUUUCGAAGGAACAAUUGAGGGGAAUGAGAAAUUAGUUUACAUGUUAGGGUGAAUGGUGAUAGGCGUCUACCUGGAGGGAUUCAAAGUCAGUUGAGAAAUGGAGUGGGGUGGAGUUAAUUGCUUCUUAUAUGAGCUGGUUGAUUGGGAGGGAAUGUGUUAUUGAUAGAGGAGAAGUGGUAGGGGCAGGUGCAAGCGAAUGCGCUAAAUACGUACGCACUUGCAUUUACAGUUAUAUAUGCUGUUGGGAAUACCUAGGAAUAGGAGAUAGGAAUAGGAAUAGAAAAAGCGAAGAGCGAAACGGAGGGAAUCAGAACCAAGUAAACUCGGAGCACUUAGUAUAGUAGAUAUAUCUCGCUUGUGGUGAAUAGGGGAGAGGGGGUGGAUACCUGGAAAUAUGAGAUGGUUUUUAUGCUUUUUGAUGUUUUAUAUUUGAUAUUGAUAUUAUU